AUGGGAUCCGCUGAAACUCCAGGGUGUGUGCAGUUCCAAAUUCCACCUCAGAAAAUCCAAGCAUUCAAGGAAUUGUUAACAAGUGAGAGUGGGACAGUUAACUCCAGUUAUCGAAUGCAAUUGUGGUUAUUGGUGUGGAUGACAAAAUUAUUUGCCGGAAUUAUUAGGAUAACAUGGCAAGAAACUGCUUGA